UCUGCGACUGCAAUUGCAAAGCCGGGUCCGGCGCGCACAUGGCGCUGCUGAGCUACAGCGCGCGCCGGAUCCGCCGGCAGAGACCGGCUCCAGCCGGUAUAAAAAGCUGAGCUAGAGAGACUGAGACUGCACACGGAGCACUUGCAAAGGGACCAAGCAGGAGGAGGAAGGGGGCUAUUAAAGAGAGAGGCGGGAGCGGGUGUUUGGUGGAAGGGGGCCCUCAGCCAGAGCGAGGGGCUGGGGACCGUGUCACUCGAAAAGCCCAGGCGCAAAGGGAGCACCCAGCUGAGCAUGGGGCAGCCUUGGCACUGCCAGCGAGAGCCGAAUGUUGGAUAGCGAAGGGGGCAACUUGCUCCUCGCUUUCCACUGAGGGGGUCCGUUGGGCUGCAGACGGGGCGAGUGUGAGGCGGCGGCUGCUUCCCACCUCCAGUGCCAAUUCCUUGGCUCCCGCUUUUAAGGGCGCGGGGUUGGAGGGCUCCGCACGCACAGCCCUCUCAAGAUGUUACUGAUCAGGUCAUAGGCUAAAGCUGCACUUCUCUCUCCGCGGCUUGGGGGGCUAGUUCUUCCUCAUCUUUCUCUCCCCAAGUUGCAGCAGCAUCUUCUACCGACCUGAUCAAAAAUGACUGUCAAAGCAACAAGAAUGUCAUGCCUUGCUCCAAAUGUUUAUACUAAAGUGCCUGAUGGAGGAUGGGGAUGGAUUGUGGCUUUUGCUUUCUUCUUUGUGGAGGCCCUGACAUAUGGCAUUAUCAAGUCUUUCGGGGUCUUCUUUACGGACCUGAUGCAAAGCUUUGAUGAAACCAACAGCAGGAUAUCAUGGAUAAUCUCAAUAUGUGUAUUUGUACUAACAUUUACUGCUCCUCUUUCUACAAUACUUUCUAAUCGUUUUGGUCAUCGUCUGGUGGUAAUGAUUGGAGGAUUACUGAUCAGUACUGGGAUGGUUGCAGGCUCUUUUGCACGCACAGUUGUUGAAAUGUACAUAUCUAUUGGUAUAGUUUCGGGCUUGGGAUACUGCCUUACUUUUCUUCCAACCGUCACCAUUCUAUCACAGUACUUUGACAAAAAGCGUUCAUUAGUCACAGCAGUGGCUUCUACAGGAGAAUGUUUUGCUGUCUUCUCUUUUGCACCAGCUAUCACUGCUCUGAAGGAACAAAUUAGUUGGAGAUACAGCCUCCUGUUUGUUGGUCUGCUGCAGCUUGGAAUCGUUGCCUGUGGAUCACUACUGAGACCAAUCAUAAUCAAAGCACAGGAAGUAGUGAAAGUAUCCCCAGUGGAAGAGCAAAAAGAGACAAAGUACAUGCUUGAAAAUGAGCAGACACGCACCUCAUUAGAUUCCAUUGACUCAGGAGUAGAAGUAACUACCUCACCUUGCAACAUGCCUGGAGUUGCCAAAUUGGUACUGAAAAGUGAAGAAGAACCAAAGGAAAACACAGAGAUGCUCGUAGAAGCUAGGAGCAUCCCUAAAGAGGAACCAAAAAUCCAACUCCUGGAUUUCUCUGUGAUGAAAGACUAUAGCUUUAUUUGUUACGCACUUUUUGGUUUGUUUGCUACUCUGGGAUUCUUUGCUCCUUCCCUAUACAUAAUUCCUCUCAGCAUGAGCCUUGGCAUUGACAAGGAUCGCUCUGCGUACAUACUGUCAGCCAUGGCGAUCUCUGAAGUCUUUGGCAGAAUCAGUGCUGGUUGGGUCCUCAACAAAAAGCCUAUCCGAAAAAUUUACAUUGAACUCAUCUGUGUCAUUCUGCUGGAUAUUGCCCUCUUUGCUUUCCCUCUUGCUUAUGAAUUUUGGGGGCUAAUGACAUGUAGCAUUUUCUUUGGAUUCAUGCUUGGAACUGUGGCAGGGACACACAUUCCCAUGUUAGCUGAAGAUGAUGUAGUUGGCAUUGAGAAGAUGUCAUCUGCUGCUGGAGUUUACGUAUUUAUUCAAAGUUUAUCAGGGUUGGCUGGACCACCCCUUGCAGGUAUACUAGUGGAUACCACAAAGAACUACAGCUCUGCAUUCUAUUCCUGUGCUGCUGGAAUGUUCCUGGCCGCUGUCUUCCUUGCUUUGGUGAGGCCUUGCAAGAAGGUACAGUGUCAAUGUAAGGAACAACCAGCAGAAGAGAAUGUCUCAGAGCCUUUACAGGAUAUACCAGAUGACUUUAUAGAACCGGAUCUUGGGAAAAAUGAGGAUUCUGUAAAAGGAUGUGAUAACAUGGCCUGAAAGAGAAGAAGCAGAGGCUGUGUUUAAAGACUGGGGGAGAAAGCAAGUCAACUCUGACCCACCUUCUAAAACCUACACUUUAAAGGGAAUGCAAAAUCAAAUGUGAACAGAAGCUAUGAUUCUUUUCAGAAAGAUGCGAUUAUUCUUUCACCAUUUUUGUAAACAACUGGAAUGCUGAAUUCCAUUGAUUACUCACAUAAGAGCACUCCUACCCAGCCUGAAGAUGUGGUUCAGAUUUCCAUAUUCCUAAGAAGCAACAGGCAAGAUAAAAAGAAUUCUAUCAAUUUGAAACCAUGUGCAAGAAGCUAACAAUUACUCAGAAGAAAAGCAUGUAUAGGCCAUGUAACUAAAACAAUCAUUGCAGUCUUUCUUAUUGCCUGCUAGCACCUCGCAUCCAAAACUUUGCUGUCAGUCAAAUGUAUAAGAAUAGUGACACAGAAGAGUUGAUUUGGUAAAACAAGUUUUUUGUUUGUUUUCUUACCAGAUGAAGUUAGUUAUUUCAGAUUAUUAGCUUCAGAGAACACUGGGGUAAAGGGUGGGGCUCAAUAGCAUAUUUAGAUUUAAGAGAGGUGUUUCUUUUGUUUUUUAAAAACUCACUUGAACUCCAUAAAUGCUGGGAAGUUGGGAGCUUACCACCUUUAAAAAAAAAAUGGCCAGUUAUUACAUCAUAUUUCAUUCAAACUUUAAAUUUCUCUCCAGACAUAGCCCAAUCCUAUACACACUUACUCAGAAGUUUAAGUAAGUGUGCACAGAACUGCAGGCUUAAAGAAUAUUAUUCCUUUUUUAGUAGUCAGACAAAUCAACAUGACUGUAUUGUCUUCUAAUUUAAAACUAGUAUUAAGUUAUUAUAGGAGUAUUAGAGGCUGCCUUUUAAGGCAAAUUUGUGUUUUUAAACUUUCCACCAAUAUUUUUAAAAGGCAUAGGUUGUCACGCACACACACAUUUUCUAUUAAGUUUUUAGACAACCUAUAUUUUUUGAAAGACACAUGCUGUUUGGAACACAGUCCCAAAAUAAUAGGACUGUCCUGGUUGGUAACACAGUAAAGACAGGAUCUUGUUUGGCUCCAAGUACUGUAGCUUGAAUCAGUGAAACAUUUAACAUAUUAGGCACUGUGUAGUAAAAACUGAGCCUAUGCUUGAAUGCUUUGCUGAAUCAAGUAAGAGAAUUUUUAGGAGAAAAUCUUCUUUCAUUGUAUUUUGUAAUAUGUUGUGGAUCAGGCCUUCAGCUUACAUAGUGGGACCCAUGGCUGUAGGCUUGGGCCAGCCUUGCACCAACUAAGAAUGAAGCCUGUAUGCUUUGUUCUUACCACUGGUGACCCCCAUGCAAUCUCCCAUGGCAGUGUAUGGGACUGCUGGCUAACUCACAGCCCUCCCUGAAUUGCAUGGAGGCUCCCAAUUGUGUGAGCCAUUGCACAUAUGGCCCCUGCUAUUUGUAUGACUGCAACUACCUUUUCUGGAACCAUUGUGAUCAAAUGAAUGACAGGGGCUCCCCUCCACUGUCAGCUCCAUGCAAUCCCCACUGGGCUGUGACACCACAAAGAGCUGUCCAAGUGAUUGCGUAGGGACCAAAUGUUUGAACCCAGUGAUCAUGUGGGGGCCAAAUGCAUGAACCAGGCCUUGCAGCUUUGUGUAUUCGUAAGUUUUCCAUUCACCAUAGCUGCAUUUAUAUAUAUAUCUGCAUUUUCAAUGAAUCAACAGAACCUAAGGCAGAAGAGAAAAGCAACUUUUAGAAGUAUAAAAAAGUAUUGCAGUUUACAUUAUUAGAAUACAAAAAGUAUACAGCUGUCAUAGGAUCAAAUAACUGAUCCUAAAAAUUUCAAAGCUACUACCCUGGAUGCCAAUCUUGUUCCCACUUAAGUUGGUAUGGAUUUUGCCAUUGACUUCAUGUGGAGUGUAACUGGACCACACAGUUAUAUUUUUCUCCCAUUUUCAGUCAAUUAUGUGCAAAGAAAGGGAAAUCUAAAAAUGGCAACAUGUUGGCUGUUCACUCAUUCUUACUUUUAACAGAUAACUUGCUUGCCCUACUUUUAUGCAUCUUUUUGUCACUAGGCAACUCAGGGGGACAAAACAAGAAAACAAAAGUCUGUUUUGGUUUCAGAGUAGACAGAGUACAGCUUUUUUUAAAAUUCUCCAUAUUUCAGUGGGAGUGGCAUUAUAUGCAGACUGCUCUGCUAAAAUGUUUGUGUUAUCACCUGCAGACAAUAGGGAUGUGCAAACAGGUUCAAUGUCGAAUGGGUUCAAUGAACGGGGUCGGUUCAACAGUUCAGGGUCAAACUGAACCACCCCCUGUUCAGUCUGACCCUGGACCGCUGGGGGGAGGGGUUUGUGAGUUGAUUAAAAAAAAAAUUAAGUACUCCCUGGCUAUUAUAUAAUCCUUGGCUAUUGGCCACUGUGGCUGGGGAUUACGGGAAUUGUAGUCCAAAAACAGAUGAGGGGGCAGAGUUGAGGAGGCCUGCCUUAAAGCCUCUGCAAGGAUUUAUUUUUUUAAAAACCUGCUGACCCCUGAAUGCAGAUCAGUGGAAAUCCUUGCAAUUUCAACGUGAGGACGACUUCAACCGACCACCCCAAUCUUAAACACAUUUAUGGGGAUGCUGGUUGAUUUCUGAUGGAGUAUACUCUCAAGUGUUUUUGGUAUCAGAAUAUUAAGCUGUGAUCCUAAUAAGCAUAAUUAUUUGGUUGAUUUCUGGUUGAUUUCUGAUGGAGUAUACUCUCAAGUGUCUUUGGUAUCAGAAUAUUAAGCUGUAAUCCUAAUAAGCAUACUUAUUUGGAAGCAUGUUCCACUAAAGUAAUUUCAGUUUGGGGUGUUAAGAUAUCCAAAUAUGGGAACAGGUGCUCUCAUAUCAGAGUGGUUCUAGUAAUCUACCCUCCCUCACUGCCUGAGAACUAUGGAGAACACGUUGCAGUUUAGUGUCUUUUUUAUAUCUUCAGCACUUUAUUACAUACAGCAGAACCUCGAUAAAUUGCACCAGUUACUGGGCGACACACACCACCACCCACCAUGGAGGUGGCCAACUUAUUUUUUCCUGAACUAGCGAGUAAAUGAACAAACAUGAGACUGUGCUUACAACAGUGUAUAAUUUAUUUAUUUAUUUAUUUAACAUGUACCAUCAUUAAUUAUUCAUCAUUAUACCUCUAGCAAAGCCGUAAAUAUGCUCUUUGAUGUCAAUUGCAAAUUUAAUGAAGUCUUAUUAAUACAAGACCUCACAACAGUACUUCUACUAUCAUAACUUUGCUAAAGGUAUUAUGACAGGGGGCAUAUUAUGUGUACAUGGGAAAACUUAGUUGUCCUGCAGAUUAACGAGGUUCUACUGUAUUUUUUUUAACAAGAAUUUCCACAACUAAAUAAUGUAUACAAACUGCAUUGUACACUGUCUAUGUACAUCCCAUAACAGCAUGGCAUGUGCAUUUGUGUGCAUAAAAGACUCAAAACCAGGAUUAAAAAUGAAGAUAGCAGGAUUGCUGGUUUGUUCUGUAAUUAUUCUGUUCUGGAAGUGCUACCAAAACACAAAGUUUUGCAAUAAAAAUCUUUUUUUAAAGAAAAAA